AAGGAUUUGCUGAUUAUCAUCACCACCACCACCACCUAUUUCAGAUGAAUAAGAGACACAAAUAUUUUCUUAUCACAGGCUUCUGUUUUCUAAAAUUAGCUCCAGUGAGUACAUUCUGUGGAGUCCGUUCUGUGUGAUGUGAAAUGGAAGCAGGAUUGUUAGCUUCUUUGGCCAUUGAAAAUGUUCAUGCAUUCAGCAAGGAUCCUGAGAAUGUGUGGUGGCCCCGGGGAGGCGAGCGGUGUGGGCACGGGAUCUGGGAGAGACGAAGAUUCUAGACAAAACAGGUAAGAAAUCCCGCAGAUGCGAGGAUCCCCAGGCACUAGCUAACAACAUGCAUUUUUUAAUCCACUAUUUUCAUCUGUGCACUUGUAGAAAACUGGUUUGUUGAGCUGGAGACUGCCAUUUUCCACCUGAAAGAUUCUUUUUUUAAACAGCCUUUUGUGAAACCAAGGGCACACAGUGUUGCAGUUAAAAGCACGUUCUCUGCAGCCAAAACACCCAGAUUCCGGUCUUGCUUUUCCACGCACUAGCUGUGGGAUAUUGGACAGUUGCUGAAGCUCUCUAAGGCUCAUGAUCCCAGUUAUAAAUUCAUAGCAUGCUAUGAUACCUAGUUGCUAGACUUGUCAACAGGCUUUAAGGAGAUAUUUCACAUAAAGUGAUUAGCACAAUGCCUGGCACCUACUUAGCAGUUGGUAACUAUGGGUGAACACUAUUUGCUGGGGUUGGCAAUUAAGUAAGUUAACUCUAAAAGUUCAACAUCCCCUUUCAGAAGCAAAGUCUUCUACUUAAAGUAGCAGCCACAGACUGCAGUCAAAAUGUAAGGUCCACAUGCAACCUUUUAUGGGACCAUGUGUACAGGGCCAUAAAAAUUUGGUCCAGCCUCACUUAGCCAUGAGAGAAAGGAAGGGAGAGAAGACCAGAAGGACAGCAGGACAAGGAAAAAGAAGAAGGAAGGAGCAAGCCUGCUCUGGCCUGUUGGGAGCCGCAGCCCCGAGCCCGGUCGCCUCACUUGGCGGACGUGCGGCCUGUGGUAAAGAGCAAAGCCUGGGGUAGAUUACCCCUCCCAUCGAAUAUGUUAGUUUCCUGCUUACCGCGUAAACAACCCGCUCAACAAUAUAGUCUGCCUGGCAACUGAUGAUGUUAGCCAAUCAGCUUGCCUUGCUCACUUUAACAUGAUUGGACACUGUAUCCGUAUAUAUACUGGUGCCACCCCUGGGGGAGAAGAAGAAGCCCGGAAGUAGAAGCCCAGAAGGAGCCGCGGAGAGCGGACCGGUAGAGGCUUCGGAGCGAAGCCCGGAAGGAGCCGCGGGGAGCGGACCAGAGGAGGCUUCGGCUGGGAGCGAUCCCAGGGCAGGCUGUACGGAGAAAGAAAAAUAAAAAGAAAAGGUUGUCCACUACCAGACUUUGUCGUGUGUCCUUCCUGCCGGCCGGGAGCGGACAUCGACAUUUGGAGGCCCGCCCGGGGACUGAUCACCCCCGAGACGUGGAAGUGGACAACGCUCCAGUACAGAGCUGCGAGACAGGUGAGUUGGGGAUAAGCCUGGGCUCUGGGUGGCGCGCACCUACAGGGCUUUUAGACUCCCCUCAGGCUCACGCGUAAGUGGCGGAUUCCUUGGGCCUCACGCGGUGAGUAACAUAUUAAAAGAUGGGAAACAUGUUAGGUAGCAACACUAAGAGCGAGGGUGGUUGUGGAGAAAGCUCUCAAGAGCUUACAAAAGUACGCAGGGUAUCUGAGCAGGCCCAGUCAGGGAGCUCCCGAGAGGGGUCCGUCAAGGGGAACAAGGAUGCUAAGGAGAAGGACGGGGCUCUAGCCUCGGAGUCGUCUGACUCCGAGGACGAGGGAAAGUUGAAUGGCAAGGAGGCCAAAGAGACCAGCUGUCAGGAGCCUAAAUCGCUCGAUAAGGAGUCGCAGGGUUCUUUACCUUGGGGGCCGUUUCCGGAGGCGAUUCCUCGCCACGAGGCGGCCGCCUGGGAGCUCUCUCCCCUUUCGCCAGAACAGGAAGUGAUGCACGGGCCCCCAUUUUCCGCCCAAUCACGGCCGCUGUCUUAUGCUCCGCCGCCGGCGGGUCGGUAUUUUUACAGGCGGCUUUGGCAGGGGGGACGCUUGUCUCAUGAGGUACAUCCACCUGGGAUAGAUAGUGGCCCCUACGGGAUAUUUCCUGUACAAGUAGCUAUGGGCCAGGGACGCAAUGUAUGGGAGCCUUUUGAGAUAAAGCAGAUUAGAGAACUUAAAAAUGCAGUUACAACCUUUGGGCCGACUGCGCCUUACACCAUUGCCAUGCUGGAGAACCUGUCUUCUGGGCCCCUCACCCCCGCGGACUGGAUUCAGCUGGCAAAGGCGUGUCUGCCCUCGGGCAGUUACCUGGAUUGGCGAGCCUGGUACGCAGAGUUCUCUGCAGAGCAGGCUGAGAAAAACGCCGGUCGAGGAAACGGGGGCUAGAGAUUUAGCUCAGCGGCAUAAACGGGGGCUGGGGAUUUUCGAUCCCUGGUACCAAUAAAAAAAAAAAAAAAAAAAAAAAAAAAACGAAAAAGAUAAAAAUAAAAAAUAAAAAAUAAAAAACAAAAAGGGGGAGUAAGCCAAGGCCUGCCUCCAAAGGCGCGGUUAUCUAUGACAGGACAAUGGAUGGGCCCGGAUCCAGUGGUCAGCUGGAACCGAGGCGCGGUUUGUGUUUUCCCACAGGAACCGGGACGAGAACCACUGUGGAUACCGGAGAGACUGACACGGGCAACAAAGCCCUCGACUGAAGAUCAGACCUGCCCUACUGGAGAUCCAUCACAGACCAACCAAUAAGAUGAAUAGAAAUAGCGGUAGCCCGAAAUGGACAAGAAGAUCCUCAGGCAUAUGCAUGGCUUGCUCAAUUGGCCCACGACCGAGUCUAGAUAUGGCGGGCAUCCCUCAUUCUCCUCCAUAAGGUGACAAUACACAGCAGGGUAGGUGAGUCAAUGACGGGUAAGAGCGUGCCUCCCCAGCACGACUCGACCUAAGCCAGGCCCUACCCCAUCCUGCACGUAAGCCGCUGGACUGUUAGAUGCUGCCCAGGUCUAAAUUUCUCUCCGAGGGGAUUUCUUUACGGAGAGGAAAUGAGUGCAAGCUUGUGUGCAUCCAGGUUCCGUCCAGUUUGUGCCUGGCCCUAGAAAAAGGACGAGGGCCUCAGGGCCUUGGCAGACCAUGGCAUGGCCAACCAGGGUCUAAGCCAAGGACCUACGGUGGACCUACACAUAGGGCAUAAGCCUCUGCACCCAGUCCAGGAAGGGCUACGAUGCGCACAUUCAUAAAAAAUAAAAUAGGGGGAGAUGUUGGGAGCCGCAGCCCCGAGCCCGGUCGCCUCACUUGGCGGACGUGCGGCCUGUGGUAAAGAGCAAAGCCUGGGGUAGAUUACCCCUCCCAUCGAAUAUGUUAGUUUCCUGCUUACCGCGUAAACAACCCGCUCAACAAUAUAGUCUGCCUGGCAACUGAUGAUGUUAGCCAAUCAGCUUGCCUUGCUCACUUUAACAUGAUUGGACACUGUAUCCGUAUAUAUACUGGUGCCACCCCUGGGGGAGAAGAAGAAGCCCGGAAGUAGAAGCCCAGAAGGAGCCGCGGAGAGCGGACCGGUAGAGGCUUCGGAGCGAAGCCCGGAAGGAGCCGCGGGGAGCGGACCAGAGGAGGCUUCGGCUGGGAGCGAUCCCAGGGCAGGCUGUACGGAGAAGGAAAAUAAAAAGAAAAGGUUGUCCACUACCAGACUUU